AAAAUGAAAACCACCAGCACUUCUGAGCUCAGCCAAUCAGAGCGGGAGGGCGGGGCCUGGAGUUCAGGAACAGCCCCGCCCCCAGCCUCUCCGUGCAGUUCUCCUCCAGGUCCGCCCAUGCUCCAUAUAAAGGAGGGCUCUGGGCUGAGCAGUCACUGCUUUCUGCUCACACCUAGAAGAUGUCUGGUCGCGGUAAAGGAGGGAAAGGGCUCGGGAAAGGCGGCGCCAAGCGGCACAGGAAGGUGCUCCGUGAUAACAUCCAGGGCAUCACCAAGCCUGCCAUCCGCCGUCUAGCUCGCAGGGGAGGCGUCAAGCGCAUCUCCGGCCUCAUCUAUGAGGAGACCCGCGGGGUGCUGAAAGUCUUCCUGGAGAACGUCAUCCGGGACGCCGUCACCUACACCGAGCACGCCAAGAGGAAGACAGUCACCGCCAUGGACGUGGUCUACGCGCUCAAGCGCCAGGGCCGCACUCUCUACGGCUUCGGGGGUUAAUGCUGCCUCCGUCCUCACAGCACAAAGGCUCUUCUCAGAGCCGCCCACAUCUUCCCGGGGAGAAGCUACAAUUCCUUCUGCGCUCAGCCACUGAGGGGUUAACACCGCCCGCACAUCAGGGGGCGGAGAGCCGGACAAUUGUCCGAGAUCAGCGGCGCCCUGUGCUCAGUACAGCCGGAGGUCUACAAUACAGAAAGCCCCAGUAAUGUAAAUCCCGAGCCCCGGGUGUUCUCCACCGCUCCUGCCCCCGCAGCCACAAGACGAGCUGUGCUCGGAGACUGAGGGGUUAACACCGCCCGCACAUCAGGGGGCGGAGAGCCGGACAAUUGUCCGAGAUCAGCGGCGCCCUGUGCUCAGUACAGCCGGAGCUCUACAAUACAGAAAGCCCCAGUAAUGUAAAUCCCGAGCCCCGGGUGUUCUCCACCGCUCCUGUCCCCGCAGCCACAAGACGAGCUGUGCUCGGAGACUGAGGGGUUAAUCCGUCCCGGAGCUGCAGAGACCGGGACGCCAAUGAGCGGCGCUGGUACGGGUCACAUGACCGGCUCCUCCUGUAGA